CUCGCGCUUCUUCAUUCAAGGAGCGGAGGCGGGAGUCGCUCGGUCUCUCUCGGUGAGGAGAAGAGAGGAGUUCACCGCAGCUUAAACUCGCUCUCGGCCACUGUGGGGUAGACUUCGUUUAGUUCGUUACAUUGUAGAGUUUCAGUCGAGUUUCAUUCAAUUUACACGGAGAGCUGCCUCCGAAAGUUACGAGAGUAGCAAAGUCCUGCUCGCGUCAGUUUCUUAUCAGUUAGCCGUAAGUUCGUUGUAUAGUAGUUUUUCCCCUUUUUUGUCGCUGUCUUCAGUUUUACUAGGUUUAUUCACGGGUUGAGAAAAUGCCGAGUGUUUUUUCGUCGAGAUAGCUUUCCCGUCACGCUUGGUCACUUGUUUUUGCGGGUCGGCUAUUUUAGUGGAUUUAAUCUGUAUCUUGUGAUGUUUUCUGUGUGGAAACUUAAUCUCUUCACUUGGCUUUUGCAGUUCUAAGUGAUCUUAUUCGUGGCUUUUCACAGGUGAAUGAGUUUGAGCAGCUGUUCCCCAUCAGUUUUCCGUCUUCAAUGGUUUUUACCGCUGGAGAUCCUCCGCUGACAGAAGACGUUUAACAACUUACUUUCUGAGCGCGUUUCCAGUUGCAGACAUGGAUAAAUACGACGAUUUGGGACUUGAGGCGAGUAAAUUCAUCGAGGACUUGAACAUGUAUGAAGCAUCGAAGGACGGCUUAUUUCGCGUGAAGAGAGAUGCAGGUAACAACCCGGAUUUUGAAGAAACCAGGAAAGUUUUUGCCUCAAAAAUGGCUAAAAUACACAUGCAGAAGCAGCAAGAGGAGAUGGCAAGAAACAGUAUGGCAGCAAGGAUCAAUGGAAGUCAUUCGAAAGUAUCAGAUAACUCAUUUUACACCAAAGACAGACCACCCAUCAAUAGUUAUAGACAGGUUGGUGAAGCAGCAGCCAAACCACCCAUCAUGUCUGGACCAAUGGUUGGCACUGCCAGUGUGACUCCAUACAUAUUUUACGAAGGACAAAAACACCAUUCGGUCAUCUUACAUGAUGGAUCCAGCAACAGGGCUUAUGACAUUAAGGAGACUGGGAAUAUUGUUAACCCAAUACCAGUGCCAGCGCGAUCGGCACCCUCUACCAGCCCCCCUGGCACAUGGGCGUCAAGAAGCAGUUACCCGUCUCAGACGCCAUCGUCUCCUUUCUUGAACAGUUCCUCCUCUUCUAGCUCACCUGGAGCGGGUCAGAAUUAUUCUCCAGUGUCUCAGGGAUUCCCUCAAACAGGGAAGUCUCCCUCUCAGUUGCCCACAGGAACAUACAGGGAUGCACAUCACCAGCCUCAACAAGUUAGCCCUGGGCAGCACUGCCAACCAGACUCUGCCCUUUGGUCUGCCAGUGGACCGACAUAUCAAAAUGGGGGAGCUCAUAAUACUGGCACCCCCUCUCCUACCCAUGUGACCCAACCUCCAUUGUCCCAUGCAGGGAAGCAAGGUGAGCCACCCCAACCCAAGAGCACUGCACCCGGUAACCCAUCAGUGCCCGCUUCUACACCGGCGGCCCCUGUUGAGUUGCCCCAUGAUGAGUCUUCCAGCCCUUCUCGGGCACUCAAACUGCCAUGCCAGACCCUCCAUGUACAGACAGAUCAGGGGCCAUCUGCGGCUGAAAUAAAAUUAGAAGUUCUAACUGAACGCCUGGAAAAGGAGAUGGAUGCCCAGCCAAAGGCUGAAUACUUUGGCAGUUGUGUGAAGUGCAGCAAGGCUGUGUAUGGAGCGAGUCAGGCGUGUCAGGCCAUGGGCAGCCUGUACCAUGACAGCUGCUUCACCUGCAGCGCUUGCAAAUCAUUGAUCCUGCAGGCGCUGGGAAAGUCUUACCACCCAGGCUGCUUCCGCUGCGCCAUCUGCAGUGAGAGUCUGGAUGGAGUGCCUUUCACUGUGGACACAGAGAACAAGAUCUACUGUGUGAAGGACUAUCACAGAGUUCUUGCACCUAAAUGUGCAGCAUGUAAUCAGCCGAUCCUGCCCUCUGAGGAAUCAGAUGAAACCAUUCGAGUUGUUUCCAUGGACAAGGACUACCACGUGGAGUGUUAUCACUGUGAGGACUGUCAUGUGGAGCUGAAUGACGAGGAGGGUCACCGCUGCUAUCCUCUGGAUGGACACCUGCUCUGUCACGCGUGUCACCUCAAACACACAGACCCUGCCGCCUCACCGUCUACAGCACACAACUACCACAAUGCUGUGGUUACUCCAACAGACCAGCAUGUGUUGUUUUGGACCUCCACAUCCCAGAGGUGUGUUCCAGAGUUAAAGCCCACUGAACCCAACACACAGUGAUAAUAGUCAAAUCUCUCUGGAUUUUCUGGAUACUGUUGUCCAUCAGCGCUGAAUUUGACAUGGGUCAGAUCAUCAGUCAGGAACAGCAAAGGAUAUGCAGUGUUGGGGUCCAGUGUGACCGGAGCUGAUAAGAAUCAUCACAAGACAAAGCUUGACUAUUAUUAGGCCUCAUUGAUGGUGGAGACACACCGAUCUCAAAGCACACAGAUAACCUCUAGACUUAAUUAAGAAUCAAAUUCAUCUUACAUAUUAAUGUUGUGUUUGUUAGCAUUUAAAUUUAAAGUUCGAUAAUUUCAACAUAUUACUAAUAAUUGAUUAAUUUAAAUAACUGAUACUGCAUUCUUCUUGGAAAUUUGCUGAGGCCCCUACUGGACCCCGGUUGAGAAUCACAGCACUUGACCAAUAAACUUAAUAUAUCUAGA